AAAGCCACAAACUGACUUCGAUGCUAUAUUGGGCAGAAUAGGCAAAGCUUGCUGGUUUUCACUCGACAGCCACAAAGCAGGCAAAAGAAAACCCAUUGCAUUUCCUUGCCAGACAGAGUGUGAAUGCUGGAGCUCUGAGCAGAAUUAAUAACCACCCAGGUAAUGAAUCCAUGAGCCUCAUAAAAAAUGGCACAUUUUUCUUUGCAAGCUACUUCUGCAAGCAACAAUAGACCAUGGAGACCAGCAGAUGAUGAAUACAAUAACUACAAUAUACAAGUGUCCUAUGCGGUGCCAUAGAUCUCUUUGAGGGCAGAGCUGACUAGGCAGAGCCCCGCCCUGCACAGGACAAGAUUGAUAACGGCCCUCAUCUCAGGAAAAGCAUGAAAUCGGCUUGAACAGGCCGUUCCAGACUCCGCCCCCGCGACAGGAUUGGUUGGACACGUUUCCUCUCCCACCUCCCCUCAGGGAUAAAUCAGGUCCCCCACACCUGGAGACUGGCAUUGCCUGGGGACAGGUUCCAGGACAGAGCAGCUCUGGCCUUUCACCUUCCUUCUCUGCCCUGCUGACGCGCCCCUCCAGGUUGCUCUGCAGGUGAAAAUCAUGGGGAAGUUGCAACUUUGGUUCCUUGUCAUCGCUGGUAUCUCAGGAGCCCUCGCCCAGGAAGACCUGUAUCGAAAGGUGUUCGUUUUCCGGAACGACCCCAAUGAGGCCUACGUGGUCGUGAAGCCGGAGCCGGAGUGGCCGCUGCAGAACUUCACUGUGUGUCUGAGAUCCUAUACUGAUCUGACCCGGCCGUAUGGCCUCUUCUCCUAUGCCACUAAAGCCCAGUACAGUGAGAUCCUCCUCCUCAAGCCCAAGCCUGGGGAGUACAGACUGUAUGUAGGGGGGGCAUAUGUGACCUUCCGAGUCCCAGAGAACCGCAUGGAGUGGGAGCACGUCUGUGCCAGCUGGGAGUCCGCCACGGGCAUCGUCGAGUUCUGGGUGAACGGGAAGCCCUUACCCCGGAAGGGGCUGCAAAAAGGCUACUCCAUUGGUGCCGAGGCUGUGAUCAUCCUGGGCCAGGAGCAGGACUCCUUCGGGGGCGGGUUUGAUUUCUACAAUUCUUUCAUGGGUGAAAUGACUGAUGUGUACAUGUGGGAACAUGGUCUGUCGCCAGGCAAAAUGAGGGCUGCCUAUCAGUCUCUGACGCUGCCGCCUUGCGCUCUGGGCUGGCGGAACUUGCUGUAUGAAAUAAAAGGGGAUGUGGUGGUGAAGCCCAGACUGAGAGAUUGAUCGUAUGAGCACCGGGCUGCUUCGGGCACCGCGCAGCCCCAUGGAACUCCCAGGAUGCACCAUGGUGUCUCAGAAAGAGGGGAGACGGAUGCAUCCUGGGAUAUGUAGACCCAGGUCAACAAGGAUGUUUGGAACACCAGAAUUACCGCUCGUGUGAGCAGGGCUGGAAGGAGGCAUGGGCGAGCCAGGCAGCUGCCCGGGGCACCAACCGAUGGGGGGCGCCUGAUGGC